UCAGACGCACUACAGGCACUUCAUCCCCGGGCCACAGAAGAGAAGAUGGGGGUCAGAAACAUGACAUCACUGGUGAAAAGUCAGAACAUUUACAAGGAGGAAUGGUUCUGCGCAGGACGUUUGGUGAUAGGAUCCAAUCUGGUUUAUCACCUUUAUUUUACUUCAGGCUUGGAUCAGAACCAUGGGGGAGAGUACGGUGCCUUCAAGGAACUGGUGGAGCAGUUUUUUGCUGCACUGAAGGAGUGCGACAUAUCUCCAUAUGUGGUGUUCGACGGCUGCUCGGACAAACAGAAAAGGAACACGGAGAGAGAGCGAGAGACACAACGCAUUGAGAGAGCCCACAGCGCUGUGGAGACGGGAGAGACCACAGGCAUCCUGCCAACCCUCAUCUGGGAGGUGUUCAGACAGACACUGGAGGACCUGCGUAUCCCUUUGGCUCGCUGCUACACCGAGGCCGGUCGACAGGUGGCAGCACUGGCUCAAGAGUGGGCCUGUCCUGUGCUCUCCGACGACAGUGACUUCUUCAUCUUCCCCCUUACAGGAGGAAUGCUGCCCACUGAACACUUCAGGUGGAAGAAGGUGAAGCAGCGUGAUGGAAAGAAGUGCAUUCCCUGUAAGAGAUACUACUCCUCUGACUUCUGUGAGUUCAAUCAAAUCCACCCUCAGCUGUUGUCCGUCUUUGCUGGUUUGGCGGGAAAGAUGCCACUGCCACCUGGUGCCUCCAGACAAAAGGAGUCCAAACUACACUCUAUACUUGAGUGGAUCAGUCGUCAGAGUGAGGAUGAUCCUGUGGAGGUGAUGAAGGCCGCUCUGAGGGGCCAACCAGAGGCAGAGGAGAAGCUGAAGACUCUCCAGGAGGUAAACGAUCACUACAAACUUCCAUCUGACCCAAGUCCUCUGAUCGAGUUCUUCAGUGAGGGCAUCACCCCACCACUGCCCCCACAGAUGGAGGGGAAGAUUCCUGAUUGGAUGAGAGUCCCAGUGACUAAUGCCCAGUUCAGCUCAGACUUCCUGGAUGUGGUGACCUCACAGCGAGUGGGUCUGAGCGUGGUGGUGGACCAUAAGGACAAACCCAGUGCUAACCUGGUCUCUCUGCCCCUGAGGAGGGUGAUGUACGGGCUGCUGCUGGGGACGGACAGACCCCCAACUGUGGAGGAACGUGACAGAGAUGGACUGGACGUCCAAUACAAGAACGUCCAACCAGAGGAGGUCCCAUUCUGCAUCAAGUCUCUAGAGCAGAAAACAGAGGAGCAGCAGCGUCAGGUGCUACUGGACGCCCUGGGACUGGACCCACAGUUCCACACGUCACUGCCCUCUCACCUGUCUCACCUGACACUCCCGAUAGCCGCCACCUGCUAUUGGCUAAAGGAGGCCACACCCCCUCCGCACCUGUCACUGCUGAAGGCCCUGCUGAUUGGCUGGUGCAAAGGUGGUGACCUCAGAUCAAAAGCAGCCGAGGACCCAGAUUCGAGGCAGAGGUUGGACUUGGACUGGUGUCACUGGCUGAAUGAAUGGCAGUCAUGUUUCAGAGAGAGUUUCCUCCUGAAUCAGCUGCUCGGAGAGCCUCUCCCACAGCCGACCAUUGCAGAGUUGUACAGUGGAACACUGCUUCAUGUUCUGCUUCACAAAAUGAAGACAGGGCGACUGGAGAAGUUUGUCAGACUUGACUCGUACAGUGGAGAGGAUCACCGUGCUCUGCUCGCCAUCGCACAGAUACAUGCAGAAAGGCCAGACAAUGAGAAAGAUGUGGAAUAAGGCUCUUUUAUUUUGCUUUUAUUGAUACUUUGCAGCUGAUGUCAUCAACAUUCUCUGGGGGUGUGAAUCUAACUGGAGGCUCUAACAGCUCUGAAGCUCUGAUACUCAAGUUACACUUUAAUCUGAGUUUUAUUUUGACACUAUCUGACAGAAAGAACCGACUUAGUUGGAACUACAACAGGUGAGUUGAUUUAUGUCUCUCACACAUAAAAUUACCUUAUUUUUCAGAUUAUAAAUCACACUUUUUUCAUGGUGUGGAUGCUCCUGCGACUUAUACUCCAGUGUGACUUAUAUCAAUGAAUCACUCAAUCAAACUUUAUGUAUAGAGCACUUUUUCAUACAAAAAAAUGCAACACAAAGUGCUUUACAGUGAUUAAACAUAAUCCCACAUUUCCUUCCACCCCCCACACAAAGCUAAGAUGAACAGUUUGACUUUCUGUGACAUAAUUAUCUUUUUUUUACAACUACCUGGAAUCUGGAAACUUACACUAACUGUCUGGAAUCUGGGACACUAACUCUCUGGAACCAGUACAUGAAGAAAAAAGAAACCCCUCUGCAACAUCAGCACAUACAACAAAAACACAGUACAGACAUAAGGAGAAGACUAAAGCAGCAGGAGGAGAGGGAAGUGGAGUCGACCCCAAAAUCUAGACAGGCAGCCUCUAGAUCCUGCAGCCAGGGGGCGCUGGAUACAACAGACCCACCCGCCAAUUCUGGGUGAGACAAAAGCUGCGAGGGCGUAGAGAAAGUUGGGGAGGAGGAAACCCCCCCCCUCCUGCUCCAGUCUCUCCCAGAUGAGUUGAAGACCAGACCAGAUCUUGACCAGGCCAGUGUUGGCUGGGGGAGGCCAACAGAUCAGAUUCAUCAUGUUUUGGUUUUGGGAGGAGCAGCUGCUCUUUUCACAGCAGAUCUGAUUGUUUCUUGGUCUCAAGGUCUACACACCAGCCUUUGUAAAGCUUCAAGUCUCUCAGAGAUGUUGUCAAUACUGCGCUCCAAAGCCAAAGUCCCAGUGGUUUUUAUUUAUUCUUUUCUUCAUUACUCAUUUUUUGGCCGACUUAUACUCCGGAUAUUUAUAGUCUGAAAAAUACGGUGCACUCACAAACUAUCAACAGCCAACUCUUUUUCAGUUUAGUCAGACUCACCUCAAUCACUCAAAAAUAAAAUUAAAUAAAUAAAUAAAUAAAUAAUGGAUUGAUCACAGGCUUCUGAAAAUGACACAACUUGAACACUUUUUUUGACACUGUUCCUAAUGCAUGUAUUAAGUCACCAUAGUAACUACUGAACAUGCCACUAUAGACUUACAUGUAGAACACCCCCAGCAUGAAUAUCACUGCAAAGUAUCUACAGAGUCAGUUUUUAAAUCUUUGGUAUCAGGGGUAGGGGUAUCGUUUUGUCGUCAAUCCCACAAUCUUUUAGGGCUGAGAUCAAGUUUUGGAUUUUAUUAUGAUUCAUGCAGUUUGUAUCUUGUGCUAUUUAUUCUCAAAUACUAACAAUCUCAAAUUCAUUUUUAUUUACAAAGCAACAGAAGAGUGGAAUGCAUUGCUGUCACCUUUAAUAAACACUGAACAAAAGACAAAAACAACUGAAAUGAUAUGAUAUUUCUAAAUACUCACUCAUGUCAUGUCAGUCUCUGUUUGGUCUUUUCUAUUUACCCUCCUCUUGUAAACAGCCACACAUACAUAUAUAUUUGUAUUACAACUAUAUUUCUAUAUUUUAGUUGGACUUGUACACAUGCAUUUAUACAAUCAUCACUCCAGUCACUUGUUUUGCUACUUUGAAUUUAUUAUUUCCAUUUAUAUCUUUGCUCUUUGUUCUUAUGUUCAAUUAUAUUAUAUAUUACAUUGUGUGUCCAAAUAAGUUCCCUUGUGGACCAAUAAAAUAAAAUCUAAGUCUAUAUAA